AUGGUCCUGAAUCAACACUGGGAGCAGCCAACUCCCUCUGAGAUCAUCACCUUACAGCUGGAGAAAGCUAGCAGUAAAGUGUUUCAGUCCGUAUUCGAGCUGAGGACCUUUGACCCUGAGGGGGUGAUUUUUUACGGUGAUGCUGAUGGAAUUAAGAACUGGUUUGUGCUAGCCCUGAGGAAUGGCCGUCCCGAAAUCCAAAUUAGUAACGAGUACGGUCAGCUGGUCAUCUCCGCUGGGACCUUCAUCAGUGACGGCAGCUGGAAAAAGUUCACGGUGAGGAGCCAGAAAAACGCGAUCACGUUGAUCGUGAACGACGAGACGGUCCUGGUGAUCACCAUCCUGCCCAGCGUGGGCCUGGACGACAGCUUAAUCGACAUGAGAAUUGGAAUUGGGGGACUCCUCAUCAAUGAAUCCAGCCUCUUAAUCCCAUUGAGACCCCCCCUGGACGCCUGCAUCAGGAACUGGAAUUGGCUGGAGCAGAACACAUCCUGGUUGGUGGAGAAGGUUUCCCAGAACCCCAACAGCCAAUGUCCGACCAACAUCGUCCCUGGAACCUUCUUCCCGGGGGUCGGAUUGGCCGCGUUCUGGAGCCGGGAUGUGGUGAAUGGGACUGAGUCACCGAGGGGUUGGGGUCUAACGUUUGAGGCCACGAUCCGCCCAACGAAGCACAGCGGCCUGGUCAUGGCGUUACUGACGGCUGAGUACAACCUCAUGGUCAAACUGGGGUUCUCCCUCCAGGAACGUCGUGAGCAUUUCCGACUGGUCCUGGGGACGAACACGGUCAUUGAGAUGGCCGGCCCGGACAGAUUGUGUGACGGGAAGCAGGUCAUAGUUCACGUCUCAGAGACCGAGGUGAGGUUGCAGGUUGGGGACCAGGAGGCACGUCAUGCAGUCGAUGCCGGAGACUUUGCCGCUUUGAAAAUGGCCUGGUUCAGUCGGAGGUCUGUGUUGUGUCUCGGAGGUCUCCCAGGGAUUGAGAGACUGGGUUAUUCCUGGUUCCUUUACUCGGGGUGUAUGCAGGAUAUCCGACUGCAGGGUGAAGAAGUGGACUUUAACGUAGCCUGGUACAAACAUGAUGACAUCUCUUCACACAGCUGCCCAGCCUCUGCCCCCUCAUAG